AUGUCUCGUCAGAACCGGGCAGUGCCCCCAACUCCAACACCACCGAGUGGUGGGGCCACGUCCGGGGCCCCUGGUAUCCCGGGACCGGUUAUCGAACAGGCGCAGCAGUACCUGGAGGAGAACAUCAAGGCAUGGAUGGAACCGGCUGCGCAUCAUCGGACAAGGGAAGAUAUUACACCUCUACAUCUGGAACAUCCUGUUGCUCAAGCCGAAUCCCACCAUGUCGCUGCUCAUCCCCAUGCUUCUCCGAGGAUGGCCCCACCAGCUCCACGACCACCUGCCCGAGGUGCCCUACCUGUGACCUCUCCAUCCAGUGGUUACAGUGAGCACAGUGACGGACUGUUCGACCCAAGGGGGUGGAGGGAUGACGCCUGGAAGCAAUUCCCGCAUUCUCUGUCCUUUGGAGGAUGUUCGCAGCAUUCUCUGCUCCAGGGUACCUCGUAUAGUACGCCCUGUGGGAAUUCCCCUUUUGGAAUCACACAGCCGUCCGCUGCCGCUUCCUUUUUUGCCAGGGCAUCUCAGCGGCUAAAUUUGUCAGCGAAAAAGAAGAAGAAAAGCACCGAACAAUCACGAUUUCGAACGAAUUUUCGCGAAGUAAUCAAAACUCAUCCACCACCUGUUCCUCCUGGAUUAUUGAGGACUACAGGAAGAAAGGAAGUGACUGGAGUUGGGAAAGUUAAGGUGAUGCUGCGCAUGUGUCCUUCAAACGAAGCGGAUUCUUCCUACAUGACGGUGGACAGCAGGAAGAAGCAAGUGACCCUUUAUGAUCCGACGGUUUGUGGCCAGGACACAUCUGGGGAAAGAUUAGCUGGAGUGGCUGCUCCCAAAAUGUUCGCUUUUGAUGCUGUUUUCUCUCCAGAUGACAAUCAGGCUGAAGUGUGUUCAAGCUCUUUAUGUGACGUCAUUAGUUCGGUAGUGGGUGGAUCUGACGGAUGCUUGUUUGUCUAUGGCAAUUCAAAACUUGGUAAAACAAGUACAAUGAUUGGCAACAGUGAAUCAGUUCAAGAUCUAGGAGUCAUUCCUUGCGCCAUCUGGUGGCUGUUCAGAGCUAUUAAUGAGCACAAGCACAGGACGGGUGCAAGGUUUUCAGUCCGGGUAUCAGCUGUUGAAGUUUGUGGAAAAGCAGAAGAGCUUAGAGAUCUUCUAGCUGACUAUGCAGCAGGAACUGAAGGUAGCGGAUCAGCGCCCGGAGUUUAUCUCAGAGACGACCCUACGGUGUUCGGAUCCUACCUCACCAAUCACAGUGAACUUCGAGCUCCUACGGCUGAGAGGGCUGCCUUUCUGUUGGAUGCUGCAAUCGCAGCUAGAACGCAAGACAAUGAAGAGGAAGCAAAAAACUCCCAUUUUUUAUUCACUCUCCAUGUUUAUCAAUAUCGGGUAGAAAAAGGUGAACGUGGAGGAGUGAGUGGCGGGAGAAGUCGCUUGCAUCUCUUUGAUCUUGGGAGUUGUGAGAAAACGAACAAAUCUCGAGAUGGUUCUUCCGGUGGCUGUCUAUCACUUUCAGCCCUUGGAAACGUUAUUUUGGCUCUCUUUAACGGCCAGAAACACGUGCCUUACAAGGACAGCAAACUCACACAACUAUUGAGAGAAGCCAUGGGGAGUGUGAUGUGCAGGGUUGCCAUGAUUGCCCACGUGUCCACCACACCUUCACGCUAUCCAGAAACUUUGGCGACGCUUCAGUUAGCAUCCAGAAUACACAGGCUUCGAAGGAAAAAAUUAAAGUUUGCCUCAUCUUCAGAGCUAGGACCAGUUGGAGAUGAGAAAGGAGUAUGCAGACCAUUUGUCCGUAUUCAUGCUGUUGGAGAAGACGGAGUAGUCAAAUCCGGAAGUAGUGAUCAAGACUAUACAUCCAGUAGCGAACAGUCAUGCGAUACAGUGAUUUUUGUGGGCGCUGGCCGUGGUAAUCCACUUCCAGGAAACAUCUGUGAUAGACGAGCCAGUCAAACCAUCUCUCCUCUAGCUAAAGAUGCGCAAAACGCGUCAACCGGAACUUCGACUGGAACUACCAAAAAACAAAGUUCUAAAUCACAUGCAAGUGGAUUUCAUCCAGACAAAUCUAGUACCGCGUCUGAUACCCAUCCGACAGGAAAAGAACAAAAAAACAUUGAUCAUUCUUCUAAAAGUGCCUUAAAUGAACAGAUUAGGACUUCAAAUCCCAUAAAUGCAAUUUCUUCUCCAAAGAAGAAAAUCAUCAGUUCAUCGCCAUAUUCAUCACCGAAACAUCCGAAGUUAAGUGAUAGUGAUUCUCCUAAGAUGUCACCUAAACUAGGGAAAUAUGUAAUGAUGGACUACACUAAUGAUUCCAGGAAAGGUAAAGGCUCCAGUGAUUCUAUUAACAAAUCUUCUCCCAGUCGAACAUCAAAAAAUAACCCAGAAAGUCAUCAAAAAGGAUCUCCUAUUCCUGGGAAUACAGCUACCAGUAGUCCUCAAUCACAACGCAAGUCAAAGCGAAGUCAUAAACAAGAAGCUUCACAACAGCAGCUUUUGUUCCAACAGCAACAAGCUGAGAAUGCUUUGAAACUUUUAAUGAAAGAGCCUAAGCCAACAAGUGACGAAACUUGGAUUGAUGGUCCAAGAUUCACUAAACCGAAAUUCGAUUCUAGAACUUUGCAUCAAUUGCAGAAGGAAAAGUGGGUAGACGGUCCAGGGAUGUAUGGGUACAUGGAUGUUCAGAAAGAAACAAUGAUUCGAAAAUGGGUUGAAGAUCACUCCCGAGUUCUAAAGGAAUCUGAAACUCCGGGUAGGAAAGAAGUUUGGAUAGAUUUUCCACCUGGUUCUGAUGAGAAGAAAACGAAUCAUGCUAGUCCAACGUUUAGUGGAACAGAUAAAUCGAGAAAAGAAGCAAAACUUAAAACUAUGGAUCAUUCUGGUUCAUAUGAAUCCGAUAAACAUCAUUAUGCCAAACCAAUGCCACAUCCAUCAAAAGAUGGCCAACGUUCGAAAGAAGACCCCGUGCAGAAGAAUCUGAAACCAGUUAAAGAAAACAAAGAAGGUGAAAGUGCAAAAUCUAAAGUUAGUUUUCAGUACAUAGUAUCAGAUCUCGAUAACUCAAUAAAUGGCAAUUUAAGUGAGCUACUUGGCCAUUCUGAUGGAAGCACGCAGUCAUCAAGUGGCUCUGUAGAUUUUAAUGAUAACAAUAGUGAGGAUUUAAAUCAGGGUCAUAAUUCUCUUUAUGACCUCAACCGUUGUCUUUCUAAGUCCAGCGUGCAUCUUGAUGAUGAGGAUGGCUGUUUGUUGGUAUCGGAUAGUUUUGGUCAAAAUGAGUUGGUUACGAUGGCAGACUCUAGUAUCCAAGUAACGGAAGAGGAUAUAUUUUCAAGCUGUGGAUGGCCGCGGGAAAUGCUGGACAACCACCAUUUAAGUGAUACUGACAGCUAUGAAGGUGAACAUCCACUUCAUGUUUUAAGUGCAGAAGAUUUAAAUUUAGCUUCAUCUUUUACGGAUUCCCGAGCAGUUAGUGUUGAUUUUGAAACACUUAGUGUACCAGAAGGUUGGACACCUGAUAACCGGGAGAUGGAUCCUGAUUUAACGUGGCGAUUGUUACGUGGGGGCUCUUUACCUCAUCAUGGUUCUAGGACACUUCACAGUAGAAAUGUAAAUUCUAAUGAGGAUUCGCGUUCUAAGAAUAAUCUCUUGGCCUCUAAAUUAGAAAAAUUAGCAAAUCUUAGAAAAAUGAUUGAAAACUCUUCCAAUAACCAAGAAAGGUGGAAAACUCCAAUAUUUCCACAAACUUUAAGCAGUUUUUGUAAUUCAGAAAACCGUUUUCCAUUUGUUAGUAAAUUGCACCACAGUGCUGAUUCGAGCUUAGAAGAACUUAGAGAAAAUGAUGUCAAUAGCAUUCGCAGUGAGCCUGCAGAAUUGGACGUUGAAAAUUUCGAAUUCCAGUUCAAUGUUAAACCUAUGAAUGGACUACGUUUAGAAGCAUUUUAUAACAAAAUACAAAAAGUUCCUCUUUUUCCAGACUGUUUCCCUCAGUUUGGAAAGCCAACCCAAGUUGUGCCUCCAAAUAUCAAGCCUCAAAAUAACUAUACGCAGAUACCAGUAGAAGAAUUAGAUGCCUUGAAAUUAACGCAAAGUAGUAUUAAAGACUCUAAAGAUUACUCUGUCUUAGAAUCAAAGCAUCGAUGGAGUUCUCCUCGCAGUGGUACUCCUAGCAAAGAGCGUCCAAAAGAACAAUUAGAAAGUGCUGCAAAUGUUAACAAAUCUCAUAGUUCCAAUGAAAACUUACCAAUUUUCGAGAAGUGUUCACCAAGUUCCGUAAGGGACUCAAAUCAAUCAGCCAAAGUAGCGCCAGCAGUUUCUACUGAGAAAAUCCAUCAUUCACUCACAGAAAUUAUUCAGGAACAAAGGUGUAGAGUUUACAGCGAAGGACCUUCAUCAAGCCCUGUUCCAUUUCACACCACAAAGUAUUUUGCUCAAAGAGCAGCGAAAUCAAAACUUGUUUCUGAGCACACAAAUCACAUCAGUAAAUCCACCGAUGCCACAGAAAUACGCCACGAAUACAUUAUGCUGAAACAACACCAAAGGAAGAAAGGGAGUCCAAAACUGCCACCGCGAGGGAUUCUAGGAGGGAAUCGAAAACAAAGUAAGCAACAGCAACAUGUACAGUGCAGCUAUGCAGCCAACAACAGCAUUUCAGAAGUUUCUGAAAAUGGAAGUCCUGUAAUAACGAUAUCCUCUUCAGAAGCUUCAUCUUCCAAAUCCCAUAUUCUCAUUAGAAGUACUUCUACUCCAGCUAGUCCUUUUAACAGUACAACCUCAUCACCACCCUGUGCGGAUGUGGUUAUCGGUGCAGAAUCCUAUUCAUACCUGUCAACGCCAGCAACAACAACGGUCAUCACGCCCACCAUUUUCAAGUCUAAGGAGUCUAAGUGGCAAGCCCGGCAGUCAAGCAGCGGGCACGGUAGUGACAGCAGUGCCCUCAGCACCUCCGACUUAAAAGAGACCAAAGAACUCCUGGGGAAGUUGUCCAAGACGCCACAGUUCUCUGGCACUAGUAGUGGAUACGAGAGCAUGCCAAGGGACAGUGAAGGUACCCCCUUGUCUUCGUCCAGUCAGGAAUCUGGAAGUGAAGUUGGUACAAAAAAGGAGUCGAGGGGUAGAAAAGGGACGAGAAAGAAAAUUCAAGGUGCAAGCAAAAGAAGUCGUUCCGUUCCAGCCAGACCUCCAGCCACCAACAGUCCAACGUGGCAGCAGCAACAGCAGCAGCCUUUACAAAACCCUGUCACUAGGCAACAAAUCCGGGGACGUCUGGUUCGAGAUCUGCACGAUCCCACGCUCUGGAAAUCGGAGGAAGACGUCUGCUGCACCAGCUUGCUUUGUUGUCGGCUUUUGGAUUUCUACUGA